CGUCUCGCCUCGACGUCAAGUCCGACUCCGUACGAAAGCGGAGUAAGAAGAGCGGAGUAUCGGGGGAGAGAGCAGGACGAUAUCCGCUCGUGUAAAACCGACGGAAAGAGGAGGACGCGAGUGCGAGAGAGCACCGGGGAUGAGGGGAUUCGCGACGGCAGGCCGGUACGUGACUCGAAGGAGCUUUCGGCCGGCCCAGUCAGUGGGUCAGGGCGCCGAAGCGCAUUCCACGCGGACUUCGAGGCGUCAGUCGUCGUCUUCGUGGAUCCCCACCGUUUUCGCUGCGCGAAAACGAGUUGAUCCUCCUCGAACGAGAGUUGAUUCUCCGAUAUACCGGCGCGCGAUACCGAACAGAAGAAAGUUGUAGAGUAACAAAUUCGUUUCCUCGAAUUUUCCUUUCUUUUUGCCUUUUUUUAGUCAAUAACCGACGAUGGUGUGUAAUUCCGCGAGUUCCGAGUGCGCGAUGAAAGUGGACAGAGACGUGACGUUGAAACAAGCUCUGGAGGAGCUGCUCAAAUGCAUGCUCAGGGUCUGGUGCAGGGAGAGUCAAGCUCUGGCGAGAUUUGGCGCAUCAACGACAGAGAGCGACAAGAGAGUAAUCGUGAAACGCGAGGCUGGCGGCGAAUUCGGAUUCCGCAUUCACGGCUCGAAACCCGUGGUGGUUUCCGCGAUUGAGCCGGACACACCGGCGGAAAGUUCCGGCCUCGAGGUCGGCGACAUCAUCAUGUCGGUGAACGGCAGAAGCGUCAUGGACGCCACACACUCGGAGGUCGUAAGGCUCGCGCACUCUGGCACGGACGUCCUGGAGCUGGAAGUGGCGAGGACCUGCAACGUGCUGGCGCCGCGUAUCACGCGCACCGGAGCGAAGGAGGGCGCCGAGGAGGCGCCGCUCUGCUCGGGAUACCUGUGGAGGAAAUCCACGUCGUCGAGCACGGAGAAGUGGGUUCGCAGAUGGUUCGCUCUUCGUCGUGACAACUGCCUGUAUUGCUACAAGACUGAUUCGGAUUCGCAACCGGUGGGGGCGGUGAUGCUCCUCAAGUACGAAGUGGAGCAGACGCCUGAAUUGAGAGUGCACAGUUUUGCGAUAAAGAAACAAGGCGCACCGACGUUACGACUUGCAGCCGAUACCGAAGAAGCGGCAGCUCGAUGGACCGUAGUUAUACGCGAAGCAGUCGAGAGGAACAAUCAGAUUGACACUUGGCUGGACUCUUCGCUAAGAAUGAGAGAGAUGGCCGCGUGCGCUAUCGCGAGGCCCGACUGUUUUGGAUAUCUGAGCAAACAGCAGGAGCACGCACGAAAAACGUCCUCACCCACCGGCUGGUCCAGACGAUAUUGCGUGUUGAAGGAUGCUGCGUUGUACUUCUACGAUGACGCCAAUGCCGAGAAAGCAUUCGGCGUGGCGUGUCUGCACGGUUUCAGGGUACACAGCAGCGCGCCCAGCUCCGGCGGCCGGAAACACGCUUUCGAGCUGCAGCCACCGGAUCCCACGCAGAGAAGUUACAUCUUCGCCACGGAAUCGGAAAUGGAUAAGAAACGAUGGUUGGCUGCCCUUGAAUACUCAAUUGAUCGAUGGAUAAAAAUAGGUUGAUGCGAAACAAUCCGCCCUACGACGAAUCCAACGAGUCGCAGUAGCGAAUAUCGUCCAAGGAAAUCCUCGUCCGUAUCCGUUUCCGGUUCCUAAUAUGUCGCGAAUCGCGACGAUCGCCGUUGGUUCCCUUCGACGAUCAUUACACAUUAUACAUACAUACACAGAUACACACGUACACAUGACUUGAAUGUUUCGCCAAGAUUUUCAUUUCAACGACAUUAUUGAAUCUCAUCGUGUCACGAUCAUCAUUGUAACUGCUGAUUAACAGUGACGUUUACGUGAAGUUGUUCGAAUAAAAAAUUAACGCUGAAAAACAACUCGGCAGUCUGUGUUCCAUUUUCUACGUGAUCAGCCUUGCCGCUGUCGUCGUUGCUUGUCAUCGGAAUUGUUUAUCAGCAGUAAUGCAAUUUCAUCGAGACCAGAGACUAAAAUUGAUGACUAUAGUCCUGCAGAGCGAGUUUGGUUUUCGAUGCUACAGAGAGAGAAAGAUACAGCUAGAGAGAGUGAGUGAUUGCAUUUUCUUCGUCGCGAAUAAACGUAAACAAACGCAUUUGCACUGCUCUGCAUCGGAAUCCAAGCUCGUUGACAAGUUAUAUUCGAUCUCGAUUUUUAUGAUUAGACUUUUUUUAGAACUUAUCGCUGCUACGCGUCAAGCUUUCAUUUAAUCCAACAUCCUAUUCACAUCGUACAUCUCAUCUCAUAUUGGAUAUAGCGUUUCGCUGAAUUUGGGUCAGAACGCGUGGUUGUAAAGAAAAGAAAAAAGAAAUUACGGAUACUAUAAAAAAACCAAAUCUCUUCAGAGUUUUAUAAUAACGAGAUCCAUUCGCGACGGGGUCUCCUCUGAUACGUCUGUGAAAACGAAGAGUUUAUGUUUGUCGCUGAAACCUUAUACGCACAUAAAAAAAAAUUCUAUAACUGGGAAGAGGAAACACAAAAAACUUUUUAAAAACGCAAAUCUCGAAUGUUUAAUAAUUGUAUAACAACGUGAAUCGGUAGAGAAAAAUAGAGUACGCUUCGCGAGCCGCGACGCAUGUACGUACAUUCGUAGCGAUCGAUAGUUAUGCGUACACGGUAUACAUGUUAUGGAAUUGCCAUUAAUUAUAAUAUAUAUCGUUAUUCUUAUCAAUAACGCCAAUAUUUGUCAACAAUCGAAAAAAAAACACACCGCGAGGGGAGAGAUAUUAUUGUGUGCAAAUUCGUGUAUUUAUCCAUGCGAUGGAAAUAAAAAUCGAACAUGUUGCGCAUCGCUGUCAGAAAGUCGCGCGAAAGGGAGGAAGCGCGAGAGAAGAUCAGUGUAUAUACAUUUUAAAAAGAUAACCCUACACUGGCACAUCAGGUUCAGAUCCUGUCCGCUCCUACUGGUAUAUACAGAGUGUUCCAGAAUUACCGGUACAUAUUUUACAGAUAGUGGAAAUUAAAUUUUGACAACAAACAUGCAAUGGAUUAAUUUUUUAACAUAUCUUAUAAUAAUACUUAUGUAUAUAUGUAUACAUAUUUUUAAAGGGAAACUUAUACUUUUGAGUUUAUUCCAAUUUUACUUUGAAAAAAAAUUUUAUACAAAGAUUUAGACAGUAAAGUUUUAAUGCCAAUUUUAUUUCAUAUUGCAAAAAUUUAAAAACGGAUUCACGAUUCUUUUAAAAGAAAGUCACAAAUGAUGUGAGCAAAUCGUUAAAAUAUGUACCGAGUGUUCAGAGAGAGAAAGAUAUAACAUUUUUUAAAGAUCUUUUCAUUUUUAAAAACUUCUUUCAGAUUAUAUAUAUGUAUAUAUAAUAGUAAAAUUAUUAAACUUAUUUCUUCUUUUA